AUGCCGCCCCGGAGAUCUCAUAAGAAGUCUCGCAAUGGUUGCGACCAAUGCAAAAAAAGGAGAGUGAAGUGCGAUGAAGCCGAUCCAUGUUUAAAUUCUCCUGGUACAUCUCUUGCCGAGAUAUCCGCACGGACAGAUGCCGCAUUAAGGGUCUUCCAGCGCAACUUAACAGAUACGGCAUACUUCGUGCGCGAGUGGAACGGUCAAGAUCCCGAACUAAUGCACCAUUACUGCAUCUCCACAUGUACUACCUUAUCAGAUGAAGAAGAUGUCCGCCACGUGUGGAGAACUGAGAUUCCGAAAAUCGCUUAUUCCUAUGAGUUUCUCAUGCAUGGAAUCUUAUCGUUAUCCGCACUACAUCUGUCAUAUGUGAAGCCCGAAAAACACAGUCAUUACCUCACCAGCUCCACUUUCCAUAUGGCUCUAGGACUCCAGACCUUCCGAACUAUACUUCGGAAACCAACGGCGGAGAACUGCUUUGCGCUCUUCGCAUUCUCGAGCGUCAUCAUGGUCUGGAUAUGUGCUGUUCCGACCGACUCGAAGGAUGCACAGCCUCUGAGCAGUGUAAUUGAGAUGUUCAACCUCUGUCGUGGUAUCACUACCCUCCUUGAGUUCUUUCCAUUGAUUAAUAAGUCUUGUCUUGGGCCACUAAUGGCUCGAGAUUGGAGUGAGAAACGGGGUACACCACUCCGUCUAUUCAAUGGCCUUGAUGGCCAGAUCAGUAGGCUCAGAUAUCGGCUUACAGUCGAAGUACUCGCAGAAGAAGAAAGAUCAGUCUUGGAGCAUGCCAUCACUGAACUGGAGAAAACCUGCCAACGUAUUGAACAUGCCCGCACACUCUCUGCAAGCGGUAUGAUUUAUAUUUGGCCGAUUGUCGUCCGCGUCGGGUUCAUUAGCUUGAUCGAGCAGAGGCAGCCUUUUGCUCUUGUGUUGCUAGCUUGCUACUGCACACAGUUACACGUUUUCCGGCGUUUUUGGGUCUUGGAAAGACGUGCAGAAUCGCUCCUGUCCGAGGUCUUGGAAGUUAUGCCACCUGAAUACGCAGAUCUUCUGGACUGGCCACGGCAAUUUUGCUUACAUGGUCCAGAUUUGGAGAGAUGGUGUGUCCUUAAUCCAAGCUCGGAGGGAAUAGUCCAGUGA